AGGUUACCUAUGGCGGAGUUCAGAGGAGUCGGCGGAAUCAGCCCCGAUAUUUUGUUGCAGUCGAGGUUCAAGGUCGCAAGAACCGCCAUUUUUCCCAAGGCGGCCGGAUCUGUCCCGAUAACUGGUUCAAAGAAAGAUCCAAAUCAGCUAGCCGGUAGAUCUGCGAUAUCGACACGGGUAUUGAGCCGGCCGAAAUUCCGGGGGGUAGGACCGGUCAGACGGUUGUUCCGCAAGCGAGGUGCAUCAAGCUGGACAAGUUCGUAAUUGAAGUGGUAUCUUUCCCGAAAUCUGAUUAUCGGCCACAUUCAAGAUAGUUAACCGCUGUAACCGGCCGAAUCCGGAGGUAUCUCGACGGUGAGUCUGUUCCCGAUGAGGUCAAGAAUGCGUAAAAAGGGGAGGCGCGUGACGCACGGAGUGAUCUCGCCGGAAAUCCCCUUCCAGUCAGCAAGUAUAACGGAGGAGAGACGGGUGAGUCGGCAGAUCUCCGGGGAGAUUGAACCGGUCAUGAACCUAGUCCGGUGAGCCCUCCCGAAAAUAGGGUCCUCCGACUCGCCGCGAAGAUUGAUUCCGUACCAUUUACGACAACAGUCGGGGCCGCCAUAAGUAUGAUUCUAGUUUUAUUUAAUUUCAACUAAAUAAAGAAAUACAACCAGAAUGUGAUCAAAUUAUAAUAGAAAAAUAAAGAUUGAAUUUUUACACCAAAAUUCAAGGGAUUUUAACUAAAUGACUUAUUUUUAUGCAUUUUAAAAAUUAUUUAAAUAAAAAAUAAACGUUUUUGAAUUUCCACUUCAUUAAUUUUCUAUAAAUUCAAAAUGAAAUGAACCCGCUAAGUAAUGUAACAGAUAAAGCUGGUGUUUUUGUUUUUCGUUGCAGUAUAAACUGUCUCCUUCUCAAUAUUGAAUCCAAAAACCCCUUGAAAAUCGAUACCAUGUCCGUGAUUCUUCUCUGUCCUUAUCCAUCUUCUCUCUCCCGCUUCCCUGUAAAUUGUUCUUUGAGUUAUUUUUUUCUUCUCCGAUUUCUGUUAGACUGUUAUCUAAUCCGUUUUGCAGUGGAAAGUCAUUCUUAUCUUUCGCCAGAUGCUUUUCUGAUAUGUAUAGCUGGAAAUUCUCUGCAGCAGUUUCUUUUGUCUAUAUAUAGAGGUGUCGCAUGUGAUUCUGCGCUGAGUUCAAGCUUUUAUCUAUUCAGCUUGAAGUAUCUAACUGAAUUCUGGAAGUUCCAAUGUCAGUUCAAUACUUGUUUGAUCACUCUAUUUAAGUCAUUCAAAUUGGGGUGAUUUGACAGAUUUUUCUGAGUUUCUGAGUCUGGGUUUUUCUAAUCUCAUCACUCUUUGAAUCGUUUCUCCUGAAUUUGAUCCUCUUUUUGGGUAGCAAAACCAUUUUUUAAUCUGGGUUUUCUCAUAACAAUGGAGGGUUUCUUGCUGUUGAAACCAUUUCUUCUCUUCCUGCUAUUGCAUGUUGUUUUGGGGAAGGAGUGCACGAACCUGUUCCCUCAGUCUCAUACUGUUCAACACGAACUCUCCACUUCGAAAAAUCAGACAUGGAAGGCAGAGGUGUUGAGUCACUACCAUUUGACACAAAAUUAUGAUUCUGUUUGGUCUGAUUUGCGGCCGAGAAAGAUGCUCAAGGAAGAAAACGAAGUGAGCUGGGCAAUGGAGUAUCGGAAAAUCAAAAAUCCCAGCGGGUUUACAGCACCGGGAAAUUUGCUUCAGGAGAUUUCAUUGCAUGAUGUCAGGUUGGAUCCCAUGUCAGUGCAGGGACAAGCACAGCAAACAAAUUUGGAGUAUCUUUUGAUGUUGGAUCCUGAUAAUUUGGUAUGGAGUUUUAGGAAAACGGCUGGAUUGCCAACUCCCGGAACUCCUUAUGGAGGGUGGGAAGCCCCUAAUAUUGAGCUCAGAGGUCAUUUUGUAGGCCAUUACUUAAGCGCAACAGCACAGAUGUGGGCUAGCACUCACAAUGAUACUCUCAAUAAGAAAAUGUCUGCAGUACUGGCUGCUCUAUCAACCUGCCAGGAGAAGAUGGGAUCGGGAUAUCUUUCUGCUUUCCCAUCUGAGCUAUUUGAUCGUGUUGAAGCUCUUCAGUAUGUCUGGGCUCCAUACUAUACAAUUCAUAAGAUCUUUGCUGGUCUCUUAGAUCAGAAUACCUUAGCUGGUAAUGGCCUUGCUUUAAAAAUGGCUACAUGGAUGGCUCAGUACUUUUACAACAGGGUUCAGAAUGUCAUAACAAAGUACACUAUUGAACGACACUGGCAAUCUCUCAACGAUGAAACUGGUGGAAUGAAUGAUGUUCUUUACAGGUUAUUCAGUUUAACGGGAGAUCCAAAGCAUUUACUGUUGGCUCAUCUUUUUGACAAACCAUGCUUUCUAGGAUUGCUUGCAAUUCAGGCUGAUAGUUUAGGUGGAUUCCAUGCCAAUACUCAUAUCCCCAUUGUUAUUGGAUCCCAGAUGCGUUACGAAAUCACUGGUGAUCCACUUUAUAGGGAAAUGAGCACAUUCUUCAUGGAAACUGUUAACUCUUCUCACAGUUAUGCAACAGGAGGGACAUCAUACAAAGAGUCGUGGACAGAUCCAAAGCGAUUGGCAAGCACUCUUGAAGCUGAAAAUGAAGAGUCGUGUGCAACCUACAACAUGUUAAAGAUUUCUCGAAACCUCUUUAGAUGGACAAAAGCAGCGGUAUAUGCAGACUUCUACGAGCGUGCCUUGACAAACGGUGUGCUUGGUAUCCAGAGAGGAACAGAGCCUGGAAUAAUGAUUUACAUGCUACCAUUAGGUCCAGGAUCUUCCAAGGGCAAGAGCCAUCAUGGAUGGGGGACAAAGUUUGAUUCCUUCUGGUGCUGCUAUGGCACAGGAAUUGAAUCAUUUUCGAAGUUGGGAGAUUCCUUAUAUUUUGAAGAGAAAGGACAUAAGCCUAGUCUUUACAUCAUCCAGUAUGUAUCAAGCUCAGUUAAUUGGAAAUCAGGGCAUAUAUCCCUAAAUCAAAAAGUUGAUCCAGUUGUUUCUUGGGAUCCAUGCAUGCGAGUAACAUUCAACUUUUCUUUGAAAAAGGGGGCAGGCAAAUCAUCUACUUUGAAUUUGCGGGUACCUAUUUGGACGCAUUCAACUGGUGCUGAAGUGAAAUUAAAUUCUAGAACUUUGCCUCUCCCAGCUCCAGGUAGUUUCCUACCAGUGACUCACAGCUGGAGUCCUAAUGACAAAUUAACACUGCAAUUACCUCUUAGCCUAAGAACUGAGGCUAUUAAAGAUGACCGCCCUGAGUAUGCUUCCUUGCAAGCAAUCUUUUAUGGUCCUUACCUUCUUGCGGGUUAUAGUCAUGGCAACUUGGACAUCAAAACUGGAUCAGUUAGCUCUCUUUCAGACUGGAUCACUGCCGUUCCCAAUUACUACAAUGACUACCUUGUUACAUUCUCCCAACAAUCAGGAAACUCCACGUUUGUCUUGGCAAACUCGGACCAGUUGAUUAAAAUGGAGAACUACCCUGAACCCGGCACUGAUGCUGCUGUCCAUGCAACAUUUAGAAUCAUUUUGAGUGGAAAACCAUCAAACUUUUCAAGCCUUUCAGACUUUAUUGGCCAACAAGUCAUUCUUGAACCGUUUGAUUUUCCCGGAACGGUUCUACUUCAAGAAUCAGAUGGUGGGAUUUCAGUUGGUAACUCUUCUGCUAAUGGGGACCCUUCUAGCUUCCUUAUAGUUACAGGAUUGGAUGGGAAAGAUGGAACGGUAUCGUUGGAAUCCCAAAGCCAAAAGGGUUGUUUCGUGUACGGUGGUGUGGACGAUGUAGCUGGUGUCGGCCUGAGUCUCAAGUGCAAAGACAAGGAGGGUGGUUUUAAUAACCAAGCAGCCAGCUUUGUAAUGAAGAAGGGACUAGCAGAGUACCAUCCUAUCAGCUUUAUUGCAAAAGGGGCCAACAGGAGCUUUGUUUUUUCACCAUUAAUGAGCUUCAGGGAUGAAUCUUAUACUGUUUACUUCAGCAUUAACCAGUAACAUACAAGAAUGAAGAGAGAUUCAAGUUUCGAAUUAUCUUAUUACUUCAGUUUUUGACUUUUGGAAAUAUGUAAUUGAUUUUAGUGGGUCUCAAUGAAAGCAAAUUGCUGAAGAGACUAUCGUUUCUGCUUUACAACAUUCUCAUUGAUUUAUUUAUUUUGCACUA